AUGAAUGCUCCUAAGAAUCCUAGUGAAGAAGAAAGAGAGCCUAUGAUUGACACUGAGAAUGAAGAUCAACUCAUGGAUAAGGAAGAUAAUGAUAGUAUGGAUCAAGAUGUUCAAAAUGAAGAUUUCAAUGAGCAAAUUAACUUUUCUUUGAAUGUUGAUGACCCAGGUAAUUGGGAUAAGAUUGACUAUAAUAUCAGAGACUUUUUGGUUGAAAGAGGUCCUCAAAGAGACCAUGAUUACAAGUUUCCCAAAGAUAGUAGAGGCAGACAUUUUUCUUCCGAACAUUUCUUUCGAUAUUUACCAAACGGUGAGAAGCAAGAUCGGAAUUGGCUAGUGUAUUCAGAAUCUCUAGAUAGAAUAUUUUGCUUUUGCUGCAAGUUGUUUAAGAAGGACGAGCAGAAAAUUAACUUGUGCAACAUAGCUGGUGUAGGAUACAAAGAUUGGAAGAACCUUGGUCGGAGGCUUAAGGGUCAUGAAACAAGUAAUGUGCAUGCUUAUUGUAUGAGUAGAUGGAUUGAAUUGAAAAAGAGACUACAAAAGAAUCAGACAAUUGAUAAAAGCUGGCAAGAACAGAUUACGAAAGAGAAAGAGCAUUGGAGACAAGUAUUACUCAGGAUAAUUGUUGUUGUCAAAAGACUUGCAAAAAAUAAUUUGGCAUUUCGUGGAGAUAGUGAGAAGCUUUAUGUGGAGAAUAAUGGAAUUUUUUUGCAAAUGAUUGAGAUGAUUGCUGAAUUUGAUCUAACAAUGCAAGAGCAUGUUCGACGCAUUCAAAGUCAUGAGACACAUUACCAUUAUCUCAGUCACAGAAUUCAAAAUGAAAUUAUACAAAUGUUAGCAAGUGAGAUAAAACAAUCAAUUGUUACAAGUAUCAGAGAAGCAAAAUACUUUUCCAUUAUUGUGGAUUGCACUCCCGAUGCAAGUCAUGAAGAGCAAAUGUCUCUUGUGUACGUUAAGCCAUUAUCACAGACACAUUGGGAGAGUCAUGUUGAAAGUGUUAAACCAAUAAGAUUUCAAGCUCGUAAAAUAAGAGAUGUUUUAAUUCACUUGGCAGAAGUUAGUGAAGAUCCGAAGACAAAGAGUGAAGCCGAGUCGUUAGCAAUAUUUGAAAUGGAGAACUUUGAAUUCUUGCUUGGCAUGGUUAUUUGGUACAAGUUAUUAUUUUCUAUCAAUACUUUUAGCAAAAUUCUUCAAACUGAAGACAUGCAUAUUGAUUUUGCCAUCACAGAAUUAAAGAAACUUAUUUCUUUUCUUGAGAAUUUUAGAGAAAUUGGGUUUGAUGAGGCCAUGAUUGACACUAAGAAGAUUGCGAAUGAAAUGAAGAUUGAAGCUGUAUUUCAUGAAAAGCGAGUCAUUCGGAGAAAGAGACAAUUUGAUGAAAGUGCUAGUGAAGAUUUUCAAAAAUAUGAAGAACUUUUUGGGUUCUUAUUCGAUGUAGAGAAGUUGAAGUGUUCAGAUAAUGAUAGCUUGAAGAAGUAUUGUGCCAAUCUUGAAACUUCUUUGACACAUGGCGGGAUUUCUGACAUUAAUGGGGAAGAACUAUAUUUAGAAUUGAAACAUCUAAAAGACACUUUACCGGAUGAGGCAAAAAGGGCAAUUGAAGUGUUGAAUUAUUUAAAAGAGAUGGAGAGUUGUUACCCAAAUGCCUGA